AUGUUAUCAUGUGAUACAAGGAACCUCAAUGCCCAUGGUGGCGGCAGCAGCGGUGGCGGCAGCAGUGGUGGUGGCAGUAGUGGUGUCGAUAGUAGUAUUGGCGGCAGCAGUGGUGGCGGCAGUAGUGGUGUCGACAGCAGUGGUGUCGACAGCAGUGGUGGCGGCAGCAGUGGUGGCGGCAUCAGUGGUGUCGACAGCAGUGGUGGCGGCAGCAGUGGUGGCGGCAGCAGUGGUGGCGGCAUUAGUGGUGGCGACAGCAGUGGUGGCGGCAGCAGUGGUGGCGGCAGUAGUGGUACCCAUAGCAGUGGUGUCCGCAGCAGUGGUGUCGACAACAUUGGUGUCGACAGCAGUGGUGGCGGCAGUAAUGGUGGCGAGAGCAGUGGUGGCGGCAGUAGUGGUGGCGGCAGAAGUGGUGGCGGCAGUAGUGGUGGCGGCGGCAGUGAUGGUGGCGGCAGUAGUGGUGACGGCAGAAGUCGUGGCGGCAGUGGCAAGGUGGGACCCCCGCUUGUAUCUCCUGAAGUUCCCAUCUCUGUUUGUCCGUAUUUGACCAAUAUUGAGCACACUUAUGUACCACGUUGA